CAUAUGUGAGCUAGAGGGCGGUGUAAGUGCAGAUUUCAGACCGGUUACUCGCCGAUACCGAGGAGGACGCCGGGGCAGAAAAGCCCUCAUAUCUGUUUGAUAAAGAAGAAGAACACCGGAUUGUCACGUUAACCAACCGGGAGGACUAAUUCAGCCACUGACCGGAUACAACAGAAAGAACUUCAAAGGACGAACGCUGGGACAUUUUGUACAACUUUAAGUUGUCAGUUGCGGUAAGGAAGGUCGGGGGAGAAGACUUCCAGUCGAGGGGACCCCCCCAAGCGGCCCGGUUCCAAAUCAGCGACCGCGGAGCAGAGAGUCGCGUAGCCGGGGAGAGGCGUAUAGUCGGCGGAUCUAUAGUCAAGUUUUAAUCAGCGCAGGAGAAGUAAUCACUGGGUGCCGGGUCAUCCGGACAGAGACCUCAUGAAUGGAAAUCGGAACAACAGGAGACGAUGGAGCAGCCGCUGAAGCCCAAGCUUUAUUUGCGUUGCCAAGGCGACCUGGCUUUGGCACCCUUGGGAAGCCCAUUAAGCUUCUGGCCAACUGCUUCCAAGUGGAUAUACCCAAGAUCGACGUCUAUCUGUAUGAGGUGGACAUCAAGCCUGAUAAAUGCCCUCGCCGGGUCAACAGAGAGGUGGUGGACUCCAUGGUUCAGCAUUUCAAGGUGACCAUCUUUGGCGACUGUCUGCCAGUUUACGAUGGGAAGAGAAGCCUCUACACUGCUACCCCACUUCCUGUCGCCACCGGUGGGGUCGAUCUGGAUGUCACCCUGCCAGGUGACGGUGGGAAGGACCGCCCAUUUAAAGUUACCAUUAAGUUUGUGUCAUUGGUCAGCUGGCACAUGCUCCACGAAGUCUUGACGGGACGCGGUGUGGCCGAGCCGGUGAACCUGGAAAAACCCAUCAGCACCAACCCUGUUCACGCCGUGGACGUCGUUCUUCGACACCUGCCCUCCAUGAAGUACACGCCUGUCGGACGAUCCUUCUUCUCCUCCCCAGAGGGCUACGACCACCCGCUUGGUGGAGGUAGAGAGGUUUGGUUUGGCUUCCAUCAGUCAGUACGGCCAGCCAUGUGGAAAAUGAUGCUCAACAUUGAUGUGUCAGCCACAGCUUUUUAUAAAGCCCAGCCAGUCAUCCAGUUCAUGUGUGAGGUCCUGGACAUUCACAACAUUGACGAGCAGCCCCGCCCUCUCACUGACUCCCACAGGGUCAAGUUCACCAAAGAGAUCAAAGGUCUUAAAGUGGAAGUGACACACUGUGGAACCAUGCGCAGGAAGUACAGAGUCUGCAAUGUAACCCGACGUCCUGCCAGCCUCCAGACAUUUCCGUUGCAGCUUGAGAGCGGUCAGACAGUUGAACGUACAGUGGCGCAAUACUUCAGAGAGAAGUACAGCCUGCAGCUGAAGUACCCCCACCUGCCUUGUCUGCAGGUGGGCCAGGAACAGAAACACACCUACCUGCCCCUGGAGGUGUGCAACAUUGUACCUGGACAGCGCUGCAUUAAAAAGCUAACAGACAACCAGACGUCGACCAUGAUCAAAGCAACAGCCCGCUCUGCACCAGACAGACAGGAGGAGAUCAGCAGGCUGGUGAGGAGUGCAAAUUACGAGGCCGACCCGUUCGUCCAGGAGUUUCAGUUCCGCGUGCGAGAUGAGAUGGCUCAGGUGACGGGUCGCGUCCUGCCGGCCCCCAUGCUGCAGUAUGGCGGCAGGGUGAGCUCUGAACCAUUUAUGUCCCAGCAGAUCAACCCUGCACUGUCCUUGCAGAACCGCACGGUGGCCACACCCAGCCACGGGGUGUGGGACAUGAGGGGGAAGCAGUUUCACACGGGAGUGGAGAUCAAGAUGUGGGCCAUCGCCUGCUUUGCCACCCAGAGGCAGUGCAGAGAAGAGAUCCUUAAGAGCUUCACUGACCAGCUGCGUAAAAUCUCAAAGGAUGCUGGGAUGCCAAUCCAAGGCCAGCCAUGUUUCUGUAAAUACGCCCAGGGAGCCGACAGCGUGGAGCCCAUGUUCAGACACCUGAAGAACACCUACGCCGGGCUGCAGCUCAUCAUCGUAAUCCUGCCUGGGAAAACACCUGUCUAUGCUGAGGUUAAGCGGGUGGGUGACACCCUCCUUGGCAUGGCCACUCAGUGUGUGCAGGUGAAGAACGUAGUGAAGACGUCCCCCCAGACCCUCUCAAACCUCUGCCUCAAGAUCAACGUCAAGCUGGGAGGAAUCAACAACAUCCUGGUUCCACACCAACGGCCCUCUGUGUUCCAGCAGCCUGUCAUCUUCCUCGGGGCUGAUGUCACUCAUCCUCCUGCAGGAGAUGGGAAAAAGCCAUCUAUUGCAGCGGUGGUGGGCAGCAUGGACGCCCACCCCAGCAGGUACUGCGCUACGGUGCGGGUCCAGCGGCCCAGACAGGAGGUCAUCCAGGACUUAGCCUCCAUGGUGCGAGAGCUCUUGAUCCAGUUCUACAAAUCGACCCGCUACAAGCCAACCAGGAUAAUCUUCUACAGGGACGGAGUGUCAGAGGGACAGUUCAGACAAGUGCUGUACUAUGAGCUGCUGGCCAUCAGGGAGGCCUGCAUCAGUCUAGAGAAGGAAUACCAGCCGGGAAUUACUUACAUAGUAGUACAGAAACGCCAUCACACGCGUCUCUUCUGUGCAGAUCGCAACGAGCGGGUUGGACGAAGUGGAAACAUUCCUGCCGGCACCACGGUGGACACAGACAUCACCCACCCCUACGAGUUUGACUUUUACCUCUGCAGUCACGCUGGAAUCCAGGGUACGAGCCGGCCUUCCCACUACCAUGUUCUGUGGGACGACAACUGUUUCACCGGCGACGAGUUCCAGCUCCUCACCUACCAGCUGUGCCACACCUACGUCCGCUGCACGCGCUCCGUCUCCAUCCCAGCACCGGCUUACUACGCCCACCUGGUGGCCUUCCGUGCCCGCUACCACCUGGUUGACAAAGAGCACGACAGUGCGGAGGGCAGCCACGUCUCAGGGCAGAGUAACGGCAGGGACCCCCAGGCGCUGGCCAAGGCUGUUCAGAUCCACCACGACACACUGACGACCAUGUAUUUCGCCUGAACGCUCCCCCUACGUCCCUCCAUCUUUCCCAGUCUUUUAGUGUCCGACUUCCAUCAGCCGCCUCGUCUCAUCACGCAGAGUGACCCCUCCCCUACCCCCUCUUCUCGUGCUGGUGCAGCUUUGGUCACUGGAGCACUCGAUGACGACGGCUGCGACCGCAGGUUGCGUAAGGAUGUAAUAAUAAGCCAGAGAGGAGUUACAGCCACAUUAUGCAAUUUGAAACCAGCCAAUUGUUUCUGUGCUACUGCCCACGCAUCUCUCACCUCCUCUGCUGUACUUAAAUCACAAUGGAUUCUGUCUUCUUUCUAAAGCUAGCAAGUCUCAUAUUCGCCUCCCAGUUUUGACAGUUUAUUUCGCCCCCUCCCUAUGUUUAUAAGAAUGGCGGAGCAGCAGGGAAUACAAAAACUGAUGAUUUUUUGGUGCAUGGAUGUAAGCAGUACCAGUGAGGACCUGACUUGCUCCGUAGCCUCACGUUGAGCCUAAUGUUGCUGGUUUAUAUUGUAGUCGGUUUUACAUGUUUGUUUGUGAGUUUUCAGCUUGUCUAGAUACAAUACUGUAUGUGUUAUUUCUCUGUCGAACUAAUGUGUGAUUGCCAUGGCAACAUGUUAUCCGAGUAUGCUCGUAAAAAAACAAAAGCUUCGCCUUUUUCUCCCCUCAGAACGGCAGGCUGCCUUAGCGGUUACUCUUCUGUCUCCCUUUUAAAACCAAUGGUUCCUCACAGUCAUUCAGCCAGACAGUAAGAAGCAUAACUCUGCACUCACAACACAGACAAUGAAUGAUAUCUUAAUCUUUAUUUUUAAACAAAGCCACCUACAGCCAUCGAUGACGCAUUGUGUAUCGCUCGAAGCCUUACUGCGAGGCAAGGUGCAUAAAGAUGACUGUUAGAAUACAAUGCCAUGGGUGCGAAAUGGACAGUUUUAAACUUCUCUUACUUAGAUCAGCUUGUGUUAUACCAAAUGUUUGUGUGUUUUAUUCCUCUUGCUAUUUAUGAGUUGUUUUUCUUUUUAAGUUUAAUUUCCAUUCGGCAGUAGAGCAGAGCAGACAGUUUAUAUCUUCUGACGACGACAAACCUUUUGACUUUUCCCAGUUUUUACACGAGAAACUGACCAAUUUAGUUGUCAAGAACUCCUUCGGUGCAAUAAGGUGUCAAUGCAGAGAGAGCGGGUUCAAUGGUGAAUGUUUUCGAUGAGUAUUCGUGUGGUCAAAUUGUUGAUGAGUGAGUUUUGGCAAGUGACAAUGACCCUUGGAUUCAGGAAUGCACGGUAUUUGGCACGUAGGACUGGUGCUGCAGGCGUGAGGAUCAGCUGUGAGGUCUAAUGGUGUUUGGAGAUAGUUAACGAAGUGCCUGAUUUGGUUGGAGAGUGAACUGUUGGUUGGAUGAAGGUUUUUAAUCGCAUGUAGGUUUGGGUGCCUCUUUUAAUACAUUUAAUGAAACGCUUUCAGAAUCCCAGCGUACUGUAAAAACACUGCACUGCCGACACCAGAGGCUGAGAGGCUGGACUGUUGAUCUCAAUGCAUGCCGCAAGUUUGUGUGCUAUUAUUAAUACUUCCAUAUCGACAAAACGGGCUUUGUUUUCUUGUGAUCACAAAAUAUUCUGUGAUCAGAGUUGGAAUGCGCUUUUGUGGAAAUCAUUCAAAUGUUUCAUCAGCACACAAAAACACAAAGCUUACAAUGGUUAUAAUACGGAAUACUGUUUUCUCCCAUUAUGAUGAUCUUAAGAAAAAGUUGUUUUAUCAGUAAAGGAAAUGCACAUACUCCUAUUUACCCAAGCUCUAGUUUUCAUAUGCAAUUUUUAUUAAAUAUUCUUAGCCUUUUAGGUUCUCGACUUUUUCACUUGCCGCCCACAUCUCUGAUUUGGUCAAAUAGACACAAUGAAGAGAAACAAAAUGGCAAUUUAAUCGGGCUAACAUUUCUUGUUGUUUUGAUAAAAAUGUAUAACAUUACAAAAUAUUCUCAAGGUCACAACCUUAUUUUUCUCAUUACUAAAGAAUUAUCACGAUAAAAUCUUAUUUCAUGAUCUAAACACACACUCGGUGACCAUUGUAUUAUGGUACACCUGUACAAUUGUGCUAUACCAGCCAACAUUUGUUCUGCCAUAAGUCUACUUUUAUGAUGCCCAUAAUUUACAUUUCUUUGUUGACACUGUCUCAGAGGUGUUAGGUGUGUUAUGUAAUUGAAUAUUGAGGAUAUAGAUUAUGAUUGUGUGGAUGAAACACCUUUGAAUGUAAUGCAGUACAACACCGCCAUCACUAACUAUGACCUCAAUAAUAAACAUAACAUAAUAACAUUUAAUUUACACAUUUCUGAUGUCAACAAAAACUGAACAAUUAUAAACUUUGUAAAGAUAGACAGCAGAGCUGUUGUCUUAUAUUAUAUUGUACAGGUGUACAUAAUUAAGCCACUAAGUUUCAAGUAUAAUUUUUCCGGCAUUGUUUUUUUUAUAAUAAUUUGUUAUUAUGUCAUGAUCUCAACAAACAAAGCUGGUUAUGUUAAGAUCACAAAGAGGGAAACAAAAAUCGAAAUAAUCCCACUCGUUGCUUCUCUGGCCUUCAGUAAGAUGCACUUAUAGAUGUGAGUUUGUGAGCAGGUGUUUCUUCCAGUCAGUGACUGUCUAUUGAUGGGACUCACUGCCAGUCGAAGACUUCAUAUUCAGAUCUCAGUCACACUUUAUCACCUGCAGCAGCUUUGUUGCAUUCGUUUUCAGAGGAAGUCUGGGGCUGGGUGUCUCUAGACCUGGUUUUAGUACUUCAACAGUUCUGAGUAGGGCUGCUACUAAUGAGUAUUUUCACCAUCAAUUAAUCGUUUUGCCUAUGAACUGUCAGAAAAUGAAAAAUGUUAUAAAUUCCCACAGCCCAACAAGAUGCAUCAGAUGUCUUGUUUUGACCGACAAACAGUCUAAAACUCCAAAGAUAAACAGUUUACUAUCAUAUAUAUAUGACAAAGAAAAACAUGAAUUUAUCAGAAUGUUUGGCAUUUUUUGCUUGAAAAAUUACUAAACAGAUUAAUCGAUGAUCGAAAUGGUUGCAGAUUGUUUUUCUGUUCAUCGAUUUACGAAGUUCAUUGCAGCUCUAGAUUUUUUAAGCUUUCAUUAUUACUUUCGGUCAUUAUGCAGUAAGGAACAGAUUUUGUGCUACAUUUGGACACGCUGGUGACUUAUCGAUCCCAAAUAA